CAAAUGUCAACCUCUCUGUUUGCUUCCUUUUACAAUUCUUUCAAACGAGAUUCAGUGGAACAACUUGCAAGGUGGCGAAAGAAUAUGCAUGCCACGUCGACAUCCGUGCCGGCGAACCUGAAGCAGAUCCCUUCGCCGUCAUUUUUGUCGCCUACUGCACAACGUCUCUCAGAAAAUCCAAUCUUCAAAUCCAAAAUCAAUUAUGUACCCAAUACUACCCCUGCCUCUCACCUCAAAUAUCAAAACCAGACUAACCAGUUGUCCAAUAUGGCCUGACUUGGAAGGACAAUUCAGUACUUUCAACUUUCCACUUCGAGUCAACCGAUGAUCGCACCACUCGCCGGCUAAAGCAUAUCUACUUUGCCGCCACUUUCAAAUGUUUGUUUUUCCUCUGAUCCAUUUUCAAACGAAACAAACCCAUCAAAAUCCACCAAAUCCUCUCUUCGUCUCCGUUUCUGUCUCUCUUUCUGACGCCAUGAAAGGAGACAGUGGAUCAGUAUUCGCAGAUGGAUUUCUCAAGCCUAGAAAAUCCAAAUCCCGCGAGGUAAGCUCUCGAUUCGUUUCUCCAGGCUCUUCCCCUUCCAUGGACAGUGGAAUUCAGCCUCCAAAUCAAGCUCUCUCUCCGCAACGGCGCAAAUCUACGUCGAUCGAUGCUCCAAAUAACCAGAGAAGCCUUGAAAAGCACGGAUUCAUGCGAGGCAUUUGGCCUUCUUCAACUUCUAGAUCGUCUGAUAAGAAUAAUGUAGGCACUCUCGCGGAUCAUCUAGGAAAUGAGAGACUCAAGGAUUACGUCGAAAGGAAAAAAGAAGCGAAAUCAGCCACUGAUGAUGUAUUUUCUCUUAGUAGGCAGAGGAGUUGCUCUGAAUUUAACAGAUUCGAGAAUGAGAAGGAAAGUAAGGAAAAUCACAGACCAUCACUAGCAGGAUCGAUGAGAUACACAGGCAAAUUGCGUUUUGGGGCAAAAUCAUCGUCAUCGUCAUCGUCAUCGCAUCAUCCAGGUAUUGUUCCAGGACGAUUGUCGGUCGAUGAAAACGCUCUGUAUAGUAGAUCGUCUAGGCGAAAACCAGAUAUUUCGAUGAAUAAUCUUGAUUCAGAAUCAGAGUGUAGUGAUUUAAGUUCCACUGCGGAUUGUAAUCCUGCUGCUAUUGACAAAACUCGCUCUAUGAGCUGGAGAAAAUCAGGUAUUGAAGUAUCGUCCAAGUAUAUGAAUGAUAUACCAACAAGAUCACGAAGAGGGUCAUCUGAAGAGCAACCAGUAUCAUUGGAUAGUUCUCCGAUGAUGAAGAAAUUUACAAUAAAGAAUGCCAUCAAGAGGGCUAAUUCGCUCACCGGAUAUGGGGGUGCCAUGUCACAAUGGGCCUUAUCGCCUGGCCGAACAGGAUCACCACCCAUGUCGGUAGAGAACAAGGCAAGGCCGAUGUCGUUUUCAAGUUUGAAGCCGCCUUCAAGUCCAUCGAAGGUUAAAGGUGUGGAGAAAUUGCUGAAUUUGGGACUUGACUUGUUCAAGAGCAAGAAGUCUUCUUCUGCAGGGUCGUCGCCGGUUGGGGCCGGUAAUGUUGAGACCGUUCAUCAGCUGAGGCUGCUUCACAAUCGGUUGUUGCAGUGGCGCUAUGCAAAUGCCAGAGCUGAUGCUGUGAACGUGAACUUAAACGAUCAAGUGGAGAAAAAUUUGCUAAAUGCAUGUGAUAGUCUCACAAAGCUGAGACAUUCAGUGCUACAAAAGAAUCUAAGACUUCAGAAGGAAAAGAUGGAGAUGAAGCUGGAAUUCAUACUUCAUUCUCAGAUUAAACCACUGGAAGCAUGGGGAGCUAUGGAAAGGCAACACCUCUCAGCAGUCUCAGCGACCAAAGAGUGUUUGCAUUCUGUUAUUUGCAGAUUGCCAUUAGUCGAUGGUGCAAAGGCAGAUCCGCAUUUAGCUUCCCUCGCACUUGGUCGCGCAUCAGAUCUUACAGCUUUCAUCAAAUCCACAUUGACUCCUUUUUCGCCCUCGGCCGAGAAGACGGUUUCAUUGCUUUCCGAAUUAGCAGAAGUUGCUGCACAGGAGAAGCUACUGAUACAAGAGUUGCUUGAACUUUUCAAAACUAUGUCCAAAUUAGAGAUUCAAGAGAGGAGUUUACAGAGCUUUAUUAUUCAGUAUAACUCGAGGACACAACAACAUCAGCAACCCCAUCAGCAGGAGCUACCACAACAAGAAGUCCAGUCUUGAAUAUGCGCCAGACUUCUCUGCUUAGAAACGAAUAGUACCUGACGAAUUUGAAGAACAUUGAUAGGUGUUUCAACAUGUCAUGUAGUUUGGCUUAUAAGCUCCCUCAAUAGCAGAAGUUAGCUUCUUAUUUUUGGAUAACUUUUAGUCAUUUAUGCUUUAUUUAUUCCAGUUUCCACGUAUAGUUUUUCCCCUUUUCAAGUGCAAAAAUCAAUCAA